UUACACAUUUCCUUUCAUCGAGUUUUUCCCUGGGAUAAAUUAAUUGUUCUGUUUUUUAUAAUGCCGCGUCACAGGACACUGGUGGACAUUGGCCAUCGCAUUAUGAAACGCUUCCAGCAACUGGAUCUCAAGGUGGACGAGGAGUUUGUUAUCUUUGUGGUUCACCUGCUGGCAAGGGACCAGCGACGAGGUCUGCUUAAAUACGAUCUGAAUAAACCCACCGCGUGUGCAAUUGAAACCUUUGUGAGCACCAUUGUUGAUAGCUAUGUGAAUCAAAAGGAUUGCACAAUGGCUAACUUAAAGAUGUCGUGGGUGAUGAAGAAAGGAGUAACCAUCGACCUGGAAUAUGUCAAGAAACAAUACGAAGACAGGUUCCAAGCGGAACUGGAGGUGCUCAUUAGGGAUAUACUCCAGUAUCCAGAAACCUGUAGUAAGGUGCAGUUGGAUCAACUCUUUGCCAAGAUGCAAGUUUUUAUUGUGGCCUGCUACAAUCUGGGAUCGCCCAAGAACCAUGUGCUGCUCAAGCUGACAGCUCAGGCUCUAAACAGCGUAAUUGGACGCAGUGAUCUGCAGAAUUACGUGCUUAAGAAGAAGUACCAUCGGUUGGAGUAUCUUCAGCGAUUGGCGGCCACUGUGGGCGGCAUAGUCAUCUACAACAAUGACGGACCUGACGGCGAUCGGGAGAAUGUGAGAAGUGUGAUUGAUGAUUUGGAAAUGGCGCAAAAAAACACAGAAGCAGCCUUUACUGCCAGUAUGGAUAAAGCUGUUAAAAUGCGAUCUAUAUGCCAGGCAGCCCUUGAUGACCUCAUCGAGAUUGAUCACAAGGAUGAGACCUUGACCUACCAUGUGCCCCUCGAGCACCUGAAUCGGCUGAACCAGUUCUCGCUUACCUACUUCAUGAUGCACCGAUGCCUGACCACUUUAAGUGAGAGCUACCAAAGCACAGUGUAUCUCAUCGAAACGGAGCAGAAGCGAUACGACUGCGUGGUCUGCAAGAUAAACGAUACGCUCUCCAUGCGAACCGCCAUCGAUUCGGAGUUAAUCUUCCCACACUUUGUUUACCUUUCGCAAGUUUGGGGAAACCUAAACAAUUUUCUUAACCACAUUGUUGAGCUAAACAAGCUGAGGGAGCAGAUUGAGGCAUUGGUUGUAGAGGACUUGAUGGCGUUAACCAAAGCUACAAUUGCCGAGCUACAGGCUCUAAAUAAACGUAUAAAGAAUCCCACAGUUUCCACCUUUGAGGAGCGAAUGGAUGCUGUGAAGGGACUUCAGACCGACGGCAAUUUCUGCAACCUGAGCAAAGCGGACAUUAAGGAGUUCUGCUCUUUAGCUAUGACCAUAACAAAUGGAUUGCUUUUGCCGGCUCAGGUGACUAGAAAGCUUUGCUCCAAUGUGGAUAUAACUUUUGGUUUCCGAGAUCCGACGUACGCUCGCUUUGCGGAGCUUCGAUUCGAGCCUUUUAUCGCCGCCUUCAGAAAAGUGGUCUUUAACAGUGCCAACUUGGCUUUGCUUUUCAAGCUCGACGAUGCACUAAUCGCUCAGGAGUUUCAGGACCUCGUGGUUGAGCCGCCAAAGCAAAAUGACUUCAGCGGUCAAACAGAAAUGGUUAUCACAAACGACUUGUCGCCGUCGAAUUGGAUUAAUGUAACCUGGAAUGCAUGGGACUACCAUCGGGAAACAAUCCAUUUGGCCAACAUUCGCAAGCAACAAACGCACGAUUCGCAGACCAAAAUCAGCUAUGGACAACGCAAUGCACAGAAUCAAACCUACAAUACUCGGCAACACCUGUAAAAAUAACCAAACUCACCAGUUUUUGAUUUACUCAUGUCGAAGAACCCGAAAACGCGAUUCACGAUGAAGUAUAUGUAGUGGUCCUGCCACACCAGGGAGUACACUUCCUUCUUGUGGGGCGUCCGCAAGUGGGUCUUCACCUUCAUGCGCUCCACAUCAAGGAUGCCAACCUAUUGUUUUUGCGAUUAAGUUUUAGUGCCCAAUAAACUCAGAAUAGUAAAAUCAUA